GGUGCCUCAGACAGCGGCUCAGGCUGUCCUUAUCUCCAGUCCUCCACUAGUUCUCUUCAGGAAGCCUCCUAACUGUCCAAGCAGACGAGUCAUGGCAUCUUUGCGUGAUCUCCUGAUGCUCCUGAUCACAGUGCAGCUCCACCUGUCCAGCACUUCCUCCCUUGGCGUCAAGAAGAACAGCAGCACGGGGAAGCGUCAGGGGGCUGCGUCUCAAUCCCUAGACGAGGGCACUUCGGUGCUGGCACUAGGAGAAGCCUGCGGAGUGUACACUCUGACUUGCGGACGUGGCCUUCGCUGCUUGCCUCCAGAGGGAGACCAAAGCCCACUGCAGUCUCUGCUUCAGGGUAAAGGAGUGUGCAGGAGCAUCAAGGUCAGCAUCCAGAGGACCACCACCACAGACUCUCAUCCUCCAGUUACUGAAAGCUUGGAGAAGGGACCCUGUAGGAGACUGCUGAUGUCACUGCUCCAAAAGCUCGAGCUCACCGUCAUCCAGACUGAUCGAGACAUUUACAUCCCCAACUGUGACAAGAACGGAUACUUCAAGAGGAAACAGUGUUUAUCGUCUCGUGGGAUGCAGCGCGGUCAGUGCUGGUGUGUUGACGAGAAAGGGAACAAACUGUCGUCCCGAGGCAGAGAUGGUGCCGUGACGUGCAGCGCCUGAGAUUAUCAUUAUUGUCAUUAUUAUUAUUAAUAGUAGUAUUAGUAUUAGUCCAUAAUCCUGACCCAUGAAGAGACGGCGAGGUGCCAUGCAGAGCACUGAAUGAGUUAUACAAUGAUCAGAUCCUGUUAUGCCCCCUAGUGGCCUUGACUGUAACAUGACUCGCGCUAUUCACAACAUUUGCACUUUUUGUGUAGAAAUCUCUCGUUUCCUGACGAUUUCAUGACAGGAUUUAUUCCAGAUAAGUCUUUUAGUGUGUGUGUGUGUGUGUGUGUGUGUGUGUGUGUGUGUGUGUGUGUGUGUGUGUGUGUGUGUGUGUGUGUGUGUGUGUGUGUGUGUGUGUGUUGAGUAAAACAUAACAAGGUGUUUAAUUAGUUCAACACCAUUUAAAACACAAGCGCUAAAAGACUCUUACAGUAUUUCUAUAUUAUAUUAUAUUAUAUUAUAUUAUAUUAUAUUAUAUUAUAUUAUGCUGAAUAACAUCGGAUGCACUUCAUUAGCAUAUACAGUGUUAAAAUAACUCUGUCCACAUUCCAGUCUCAACUCAAAUUAUUAUUGAAUUAUUUUUACCUCAUGUUUUAUCUCUCUCUAUUUUAUACUCAUGUCUAUGUUCUACUCGUGUAUUAGAAUCUGUUCAUUAACUGUUAUUACUGUUAGCUUUAAUAACUUAAGGUUUAGUAACAACUCAACACCUCUCAACAUUUUCCACAGGACCUUUAUUUUAUUAACGUAUCUAUUUGGUAAAUUAAACUCAACACAUUUAUUUAUUGAACUUUUUCUCCUUUUUUUAUAUAUUUGUUAUAAUUUAUCAUGAAAUUUGCAGGUUUUUGGAGUUCAGUUUUUCUCAUAAAUCUGUCAAAUUAAUGUAACGUGUCAUUAUUUUUAUUACAUUCUGUUGGUAUUUAUAAUCUCUGUAUCAAAUGUAAAUAAAGUGUCGCAAUAAAACUGAAAGCAUCUUCUAUGCUGUUCGGCUCCGAGACA